AUGGUACAACAAGGAAAAAAGGGCAACGACCUUCCCAACGGCGGCACAAAGUAUAGAGAGCAAUCAGGAAACAUGACGUCGCAAAGAAAAGAUAUGGGAGAUGCUCGAGGAAACGGUAAUGGAAAGGUUGAUGGCAGAUCGCAAAAUGGUAACUCGAGCUUUUUCCGUACAGACACUGCGAUUUCGGGCAACCGAAACCAAGGAGAGCGUGUGUUACAAAGAUGGGUUCCUGACAAGCCCGCCGAUAAUGAUGGUGGCUUGGAAUCGGGUCGAGGAGGGAGAGUGGCUCCGUGGGAUCAAUUCGCAGAGAAUGAGCGACGAUUUGGUUUGAAGACAGACUACGAUGAGAAUAUCUACACAACCCAGAUCAACACAAGUCAUCCGCAAUAUUCGCAGAGAGUCGCCGAGGCAGAUAGAAAGGCAAGAGAAAUUGAACGCAGCACGGCAAUGAACUCUCACGUUGCAGAAGAACGUAUUGCGGACCACACCGGACCAAAUGAGAAUGGACUUGAUGAAGAAGACAAAUACAGUGGCGUUCGCAGACAACAGGAUUUCCCACCCCUCACCGCAUCGAAGGGUGCAUAUCAACCACCAGGAAAGCGUGCUCCAGUUGACCGCGCACCCGCAGCUGCUCCGGUUGUUGCUCCGGUUGUUGCUCCAGCUGCUGCUCCGGUCGUUACUCCAGUUGCUGCUCCAGUUGCUGCUCCAGUUGCUGCUCCAGUUACUGCUCCAGUUACUGCUCCGGCCGAUCGUACUCUUGUCGACUCAGCCAUCAUGUUUGCAGGAGCCAAGGCCGAUAAACCCGCAGAUAAACCCGCCGAGAAGGCAAAACCAGCUACAGCCGCGAAGUCAACAAAGCCAGAGGUCGCAACUCCACCUACUACUACUGAUUCAAGUACCACUCCCACUCCAGAGCUCAAAAAGACUGUGGCUCCUUCUGCAAGCCGCACAAUUCCUCCACCAGUCAAACAUAUGGGUGGGCCAAAUGCUACUGCAACUGUUGAGGCUGAUGUUUCCAAGGCUUUCAAGACCUUUGCUGCAACUCAAAGAAACAAUGUUUCACAAAUUCGCGCCAACAAGAUCAAGAAUGAUAAGCAAAUCAAAUUAAAUGACCUCAAAAGAUUUGCCAAUGAUUUCAAGUUGCAUACUCCAGUUCCAUCAGAUCUUGUCCCUAUCAUUGCCAAGGAUCCGGCAAAGCAAAAGGCGAUCCAAGAGAAAGCACAACGCAAUGCUGAAGAAGCAAAGCUCAAUCCUACUGAUUCGGUAAAGCCAAUCACACCAGGUGCAGACGGAGUUUCUGCGCAACGUUCCGCUACUACAAGCUCUACUCAUACUAUAUCGCCACCGCCCGUUACAUCUGGUCGCCAAAACGUUAAUCGUGGACCUUAUCCUCAAGCAGACCAUGCCCGAAGUGGCACCGCUGGACACUUGGCCCAGCGAUUAAGAAACAUCGAACAAAAUAGACCAGCUCAAGUCCCAUCCAAUGUCAUGCCAGCUCAUGAAGCCAGACUUCCUCCUACUGGUCCUUCGAACACUGCUGAUCCAAAUUUCUCUCGUCGUUCAAGUGGCGUGGCAAGUGCGCAAGGUGGCCCGAGAUUGAAUGCUAGCGUCAGCGAAUUUCGCCCCAAUGCAUUCGCAAAAGACUUUAGUCCCGCUGGUCCAAGCAGUGGCUCAAGUCCUCGUCCAGUACCCAAUGCGCCAGAGGCUCCAGCAACACCGGUAGCACGUUCCUUGAUUCGCCGUAAGCCAAUGGCUAAGGGCGCUCGUCCUUCGCUCAAAGGCAAAUAUGAUGCAAUGGAGCUCAUCAAGAGUCUUAAGCCAGGAGAGGGGAAGAAUUGGCUAGCAAAUGGUGGUUUGAAGCCAGCUUACGAUACUCAUUUGUUAUGGAAACUCACUGCUAGUGAUGCACCAACGGAGUCUUAUAUACAAGUCUUUGAAAAGGCACCAUUCCCCACUACCACACCCGUUGUAUCGGAGCCUCACCCACCACAAGCAGCUCCACAAGUGCCACACCAACAUCAAUUGCCAUUCCAUCUUCAAUCUGGCGUUCACAACAUCAAUGCUAGACAAUCCCCACGUCAACCACCUAUCAACAUGCAUGGAGCUCAGAUGGGUCAUCCUGCCCCAACAUUCAACGCUGAUGAAUUGCGUAUGAUGCCAUCGCAUUCUGCACAAUCCUUUUCAUCACCAAGAAUGCAACAGCUUCCAAUGGCAGCCUUCCAUUCUCCAAUGGGUGGAAAUGCUCAAUUGGCUUACAACCCACAGAUGGUCUCUUACCCUGGUGCACCUCAGAUGCCACCUUUCAGAUCCCUUUCUCAAACCCAUCAAUUUAUGCCACAACAAGGUCAUAUGGGUCAACCAAUUAUGAUGGCUAACCCUGCAGGUGGAUUCAUUCCUCCACAAACAAUGGGACCUGGUCCACAAAUGAUGUAUCCACCCGCACAAGGUCAAUUCAUGCCACCAAAUAAUGGUCACCCUCCAGCUAUGCCAAAUGGCGGUUAUCCAAGUCCCGGCCGAGGUGCUCCUAUGAUGAUGAAUCAAGGGUCUCAACAAGGUCACCCACAACCUAUGUAUGGUAUGAGCCCAGUCCCUCAAUACGGAACACCCGUUUUCCCUCAACCAAUCCCAAAUCAAAUGCCAAUGCGAGGUGGUGCUUAUGGAGCGCCUAACCAAUAUGCUACAAGCCCUCAGAAUAUUCAAGGGGGUCCAAGAAAUCAGUACAACCCAGAUUUCAAUGGCAGCAAACAAAAUUUCCGACACAACCAACACCCACAUGGCCCACCCAACAACCAAGUCCCUACUGGCCCUCAAGCUCAAACUAAUCCUGGAGCUGAUGAGAGUAAAUGA